UUGUUGAAGGGGACAUUAAGAAUUUGGGAUAUCAAUUCACCUGGAAGAUUCAACCACUGCUAUUCAGAGCUGCUGCUGAAAUACCAUGUCUAAGAAUUCAGAGUUCAUCAAUCUCUCAUUUUUAUUAGAUCAUGAGAAGGAAAUGAUAUUAGGAGUUUUAAAGAGAGAUGAAUAUUUGAAGAAAGUGGAGGAAAAGAGAAUAAGGAAGCUGAAAAACGAACUCUUAGAAGCAAAACAUAGAAGUGGGAAGAUUCAACAAGAGACCAGCAGAGUCUGUGUUCACUGUCAGAGAAACCUGGGCUUAAUAUUUGACCGGGGAAACCCAUGCCAGGCCUGCUCACUGAGGGUGUGCAGUGAGUGUCGGGUCUCGGACCUUGAUGGCAGCUGGAAGUGCACUGUCUGUGCCAAAGUCGCGCAGCUGAGAAUUAUAACUGGUGAAUGGUUUUUUGAAGAAAAGGCAAAACGUUUCAAGCAAGUCAAUGUUCUAGGCACUGAUGUUGUCCGGCAGUCCAUCUUAAGAAGAAAUCCAGGAGCUAAAGAAAUACAAAGCCAAGAGAAAAACCACCAGGAUGCAGAAAAGUCAAACACUUCACCUUCUACAGGGCAGAAGGCCAGCCAUGAUGAGUCCAAGAAAAAGGGAAGAAGCACUGGUUCAUCAGAUCUUAAUGACGAGGAAGUUGGUCCUGGGACCCUGAAGAGCAGCCAGAGCAGUGGUAUGACCCCAGUCACUCACAGGUCACCAGCCCCAAGCCCAUGCAGCAUUACCCCAGUCAUCAGUAGAGAACAUGGUUUUGAAAAUUCUUUGGAUUUGGCUGCCAUUGAAGGCACCUCAGAGGACUUCACAAAGAAUCAUUGCACAAACACUUCUGGCACACCUUCCAUAGCAGUGUCCAGGGCCUCCCUCUCCUCAGACCAGAGUCAAUCUGAGUUAGACUUGAGUGGGUCAUUUAAAGAAGACUUAAAGGAUACUGUAAAUUUAAGAAGCAAGUAUGUCCCUGGGGCUUUAGACAAAGAUUUGGACUCCUCGGAAGAAACUGAAGAAAGUAUUGAUGAUGUAGUGUCCUCCAGGUUUUCUACAAACACCCACAGCCUAGCAAGUGGCCUGUCAAGAAAUUCUCAAGCCGGCUCUGACAAGAAAUGGACCUACCUAAAUGUGCCUGAUGUUGACUCAGACACUGCCAGCCUUAAUAGCAUGCUGAGUGUUUACAGUGAAACAGGAGACUAUGGCAAUGUGAAGGUCAGUGGUGAAAUCCUUCUCCACAUCAGCUACUGCUACAAAACUGGCGGGCUCCAUAUUUUUGUCAAGAAUUGCAAAAAUCUGGCCAUAGGAGAUGAAAAGAAACAGAGGACAGAUGCUUAUGUCAAGUCAUACCUUCUUCCUGACAAGUCUAGAAAUAAUAAGCGCAAGACUAAAAUCAGAACUGGCAUCAAUCCAGAAUUCAAUGAAACACUAAAAUAUACUAUCAGCCAUACCCAACUGGAAACAAGAACACUGCAGCUCUCAGUCUGGCAUUAUGAUCGAUUUGGACAUAACAGCUUCCUUGGGGAGGUGGAGAUUCCUUUUGACUCAUGGAACUUUGAAAAUCCAAGUGAUGAGUGGUUUGUACUUCAGCCCAAGAUGGAAUUAUCUACUGACAUUGGACUUCAAUACAAAGGAGAGCUGACAGUUGUUUUACGAUAUAUUCCCCCAGAUGAAUACCUGAUGUUCCCACCAGGACAACUUCAAGCUCACACAGGAAAGAAGACCUUUAAAAGGGGGAAGAAGAAACCACCUGUACUCUCUGGAGGAAUACUAGAAGUGCUCAUCAAAGAGGCAAAGAAUUUGACAGUGGUGAAGUCAGGAGGCACUUCAGAUAGCUUUGUGAAGGGCUACCUGCUCCCUGAUGAUAAAAAAGUCACCAAGCACAAAACUCUGGUAAUAAAAAGGAGUGUUAACCCUCAGUGGAAUCAUACUUUCAUGUUCUGUGGCCUGCAUCCCCAGGAUAUAAAGAAUGUUUGCCUAGAACUUACCAUCUGGGACAAGGAGGCCUUUUCUAGCAACAUCUUUCUGGGAGGAGUUCGUUUGAAUUCUGGAAGUGGUGUGAGCCAUGGGAAGACUGUGGAUUGGAUGGACUCACAGGGAGAAGAACAACACCUUUGGCAGAAGAUGGCCGACAAUCCUGGGACUCCUGUAGAGGGUAUACUCAUGCUUCGUUCCAGCAUGGGGAAGCGUCAGCUCUGAAGAUGUUUCCAUUAAACUGAGCAUUGCCUUUAGAAGUUGGCAGAAGUGUUUUCCUCCUACAAUGGUGUCAUUUAUGGCUUCUGAAAUUAGGAAAAGAAAUAGGAAGAAGAAAUCUACACAGGCAAAACUAUAACAAAAAUUGGAUCUACAAGAUUUAAAUAAUAAUCAUGGAAAUUAAGCCACAACAAGAAUUCCAAAGGAGUAUUUGAAUCAUCUGGAGUGUGAAUUUAAUACAUUGAUUCCAGAGCAUUGCUCCAAACCUACUAAAUAAAAUCUUCAGGAAUCUCCAUGUUUAUCAAACAUCUCAGGUGAUUCUAAUUCAAGCGGAUCACUGUUUGAGAAACACUGCAUUAGAGGACAAAUUAUAUUAACUAUAUUAUUUGGACUAACUCUGUGUCAUGAUGGCAGAUUGGGUUUGACUGACCCGGACAUUAUUAAUUGCAAGGCAACCAUGAUAAGGUAGAAGGAUGCCUAACCCUGGACUCAGAUAACGUUACUAAGUCUUGACUACCAACCAUGUGACCUCAGUCAAGUUAAUUAUCCAAUCUAGGCCUUAAUC